GCGCUUCUAGGUCCUCACAGGAAAGUCGCCGGCCCGUACAUUGACCAGUGAUCAACCCUCAUGACCAUAAGGUGAGCUCCGGUCUCCCCAGAGACACAGAGAGCCGCUUAUUUCUCACCUCCUGCGACUCUCUCUCCCACGAUGGCACAAAUCCAACCAUCUUUGGAGGAGGUGACCUCCAUACUCUCAAAGUCAAAGUCUUCGCGAUUCCCACCUAAUCUAGUACCUCUCUGCGCCCAGAUCCCAGCCGACCUCUUCACGCCUACGCAAGCAUACCUCAAAGUAUCCGAAGGCUCAAAAUUGUCGUUUCUGUAUGAAAGUGCCGCCACGACUGGGACCAUAGGACGGUACAGUUUCGUGGGAGCAAACCCUCUCAAAGUUCUCAAGAGCGGUCCUGGUCAUGGACCUGAGGAAGACCCCCUGCCACGCCUGGAAAAGGAAUUGUCGCAAUACCGUGUUGCAAGCGUGCCAUCCCUACGACUACCACCGCUGACAGGCGGUGUGAUCGGAUACGUUGGUUAUGAUUGUGUACGGUACUUUGAGCCCAAGACGGCUCGACCCAUGAAAGAUGUCCUCAAGCUGCCUGAGAGCUUCUUCAUGCUCUACGAUACAAUCGUGGCAUUCGACCACUUCUUCAACGUCUGCAAAGUCAUCACAUAUUUACGAGUCCCAACUUCGCCGUCAGAAGCAGAGCUUAAAGUGGCAUACGAGGAAGCGUCCGAAAUUCUGCAAAAGACUGUCUCUAAGCUCCAGUCCGAACACAUCCCACUGCCCCAUCAACCUCCGAUUGCAGAGAAUCAGCCCUCAAAGUCGAAUUUCGGAAAAGAAGGAUAUGAAGCUCAUGUAACACAGUUGAAGAAGCACGUAUGCAAAGGCGAUAUCAUCCAAGCAGUCCCGUCACACCGAAUAGCUCGACCGACCACCCUCCAUCCGUUCAACGUCUACCGUCACUUACGGACAGUGAACCCUUCUCCUUAUCUAUUCUACAUUGACUGCGAGGAUUUUAGCAUUGUGGGUGCUUCGCCAGAGUUGCUGGUGAAGGAAGAAGCAGGCAGAAUCAUCACGCACCCCAUUGCAGGCACGAUCAAAAGAGGCCAAGACCCAGAAGAGGACGAAAAAUUGGCCGAAGAGCUCCGCAAUAGCCUCAAGGAUAGGGCCGAGCAUGUUAUGUUAGUUGACUUGGCAAGAAACGACAUCAACAGGGUUUGCGAUCCAUUGUCCACGAGGGUCGAUAGACUCAUGACCGUCGAACGGUUCAGUCACGUCCAGCACCUGGUGAGUCAGGUUUCUGGCAUCUUAAGGCCAGGUGAGAAUAGAUUUACAGCAUUUCGAAGCAUCUUUCCUGCAGGCACUGUGUCUGGCGCACCAAAAGUCAAGGCCAUGGAGCUUAUUGCGGAGUUGGAAGGAGAGAAGCGAGGCGUCUACGCUGGUGCUGUUGGGUAUUUUGGAUUCUCGCGCGUGUCCAUGGACGGGUCCAAGGUGGAAGAUGAGGGCGCCAUGGACACAUGUAUAGCUUUGCGAACUAUGGUCGUCAAAGAUGGAGUGGCCUACUUACAGGCGGGAGGCGGUAUCGUCUUCGAUAGCGUCGAAGAGGACGAGUGGAUAGAAACGAUGAACAAGUCCCGGGCCAACAUCAGGACUAUCGAGGAAGCCGAGAAGAAGUAUCUGGCCUCGGAAAGGGCGGUUGCCAAUCGUGCCAACGGGACUACCAGAUAGUAGUGCAGCAUCUCUGAAUUGAAAAGAAGUAGAGGUAGCCUGCAUCAGGCACACAGAAACAGAACUGGUGCUCUUGUCUGAAGCAGACCUGGAACGAUAUCCAGCCAAUGGGCCACAGAUGUACGCUAGGCUGUACUAGGGUUAGAUCCGUAAAUUCUUGGCUACCGUCCG